UUGGGUUCCUCUUUGUCUUUUUCGCAAGAGUCCAUCCUCCCACUAUUGGGAGUCUUUAGCUUUCGUUUCUCUCUCUCAUCAGAAACCGCAAACCCUAAUUUUUGUUCUCAUCAUUUUCCCCCAAAUCGAUUCCCAAUCUUGACGAUCCAUCGCCCAAAUUCGUCUUCAUUAUCGGCUUCAUCUGGCCACGAUUUUCUUGUUUUUCUUUUUCUUUUGUACAUCGCCAUGACUGAUUGUGUGGAAGCUUCGUUCGAUUGAGAUAAUGGUCGAAGCGUCGAGGUUUCCGUCGUCUCCCAAUUAUUUUAUGGGUUUGAGAAAUGCCGGAGCUUCGCAGGGCAGUUCGCCGAGGUCGCGCUAGGGUAGCCCAGAAGCGAUCGAACUCGCCUCCUCUGCGAAAUUACGUUAAGACUCGAGCCGCUGUUGCUAGAGAAGCCGCCAAGGCCUUGGCGAGGCCAAAGACCGGAUUGGCGGCUAGGAAGAAGGUGAAGGAGGAGAAUCAGGUUAUUGUUAUAUCGGAAGAGGAGGAGAGCGAUUCGGAGCCUUUAGAAGAGGACGAGGAGAAGGUUGUGGUAGAAGAAGAAGAAGAAGAAGAAGAAGAAGAAGAAGAGGAGGAAGAGGAAGAAGAAGAAGAGGAGGAAGAAGAAGACGAUAAAGCAGUUAUGGGUGAUGAAAGUGGUGGUUUGAGUGCCAAUAAGGCUGCUGGGAAAGAAGAUGAGACUGUGCCAUUUCCUGAGAAAGUUCAAGUAGGAGGUUCACCUCUCUACAAGGUAGACAGGAAGUUGGGUAAAGGUGGGUUUGGGCAGGUUUUUGUUGGCCGUCGUGUUUCAGGGGGAAAUGAUCGCUCAAGCGGUCCGGGAGCAAUGGAGGUUGCUCUAAAAUUUGAGCAUAGGAACAGCAAAGGCUGUAAUUAUGGCCCUCCCUACGAGUGGCAAGUCUACAACACCCUUGGUGGUAGUCACGGAGUACCUAAAGUGCACUAUAAAGGAAGACAGGGCGAUUACUAUGUUAUGGUUAUGGACAUGCUAGGUCCCAGCUUAUGGGAUGUAUGGAACACUUCAGGGCAGGCGAUGUCUACUGAAAUGGUGGCCUGUAUUGCCGUAGAGUCCCUAUCAAUCUUAGAGAAGAUGCAUUCAAGAGGUUAUGUGCAUGGGGAUGUCAAGCCAGAGAAUUUCUUACUUGGUCAGCCAUCAACGGCACAGGAGAAGAAGUUAUUUCUUGUUGAUCUUGGAUUAGCAACAAAGUGGAAAGACAGCUCUAAUGGCCAGCAUGUUGAAUAUGAUCAGCGUCCUGACAUGUUUAGAGGAACUGUCCGAUAUGCUAGUGUUCAUGCUCACUUGGGAAGAACUGCUAGUAGAAGAGAUGAUCUGGAAUCAUUAGCAUAUACACUAAUUUUUCUUCUACGAGGGAGGUUACCAUGGCAGGGCUAUCAGGGUGAUAACAAAUCAUUUUUAGUUUGCAAGAAAAAGAUGGCAACUUCUCCUGAAAUGUUGUGCUGCUUCUGCCCUCCACCUCUGAAGCAGUUUCUGGAGAUUGUGGUUAACAUGAAAUUUGAUGAAGAGCCCAACUAUUCAAAAUUAAUAUCUUUAUUUGAAGGUUUGAUAGGAUCAAAUCCUGCUGGUAGGCCACUUAAAAUUGAUGGUGCUCAAAAGAUUAUUAGCCAAGUUGGACAAAAACGGGGUAGAUUGAAUAUUGAGGAAGAUGAUGAUGGGCAACCAAGGAAGAAGGUUCGUCUAGGAGUUCCAGCGACACAAUGGAUUUCAGUUUACAAUGCUCGCCAGCCAAUGAAACAGAGGUACCAUUACAAUGUGGCUGAUGCAAGAUUGGCUCAACAUGUGGAGAAAGGUGUUGCAGAUGGCCUACUUAUAAGUUGUGUGUCAUCUUGUUCCAAUCUCUGGGCUCUUAUUAUGGAUGCUGGGACUGGCUUUACAAGCCAAGUUUAUGAACUAUCACCCUUCUUUUUACAUAAGGAAUGGAUUAUGGAACAAUGGGAGAAGAACUAUUACAUUAGUUCUAUUGCAGGUUCCAACAAUGGAAGCUCGCUUGUUGUGAUGUCAAAAGGAACUCUAUAUUCUCAACAGUCUUACAAAGUAAGUGAUUCUUUUCCCUUCAAGUGGAUCAAUAAGAAAUGGAGGGAAGGCUUUCACGUGACCUCUAUGGCAACUGCUGGGAGCCGAUGGGGUGUUGUUAUGUCUCGCAAUGCUGGCUUCAGUGAUCAGGUUGUAGAGCUUGAUUUUCUCUACCCAAGUGAGGGAAUUCACAGACGUUGGGAUAAUGGUUACCGCAUAACAUCGAUUGCUGCAACUUGGGACCAAUCUGCCCUUAUUCUUAGCAUUCCCAGGCGUAAACCCGGGGAUGAAACUCAGGAAACUUUGCGUACUUCUCAAUUUCCGAGCACACAUGUUAAGGAAAAGUGGGCGAAGAAUCUAUAUCUGGCAUCUCUAUGCUACGGGCGAACCGUAUCUUAGACUCUCCAUUGCCGCCGGUUUCUAUGAAUUUUUGCGUAACUCCCUCCCCUCCCAUCCCAUCCCAUCCCAGCCCCUUAGUUGGGUUCCUCAUUGUAUCUGUAAAAGGGGUUGUUGUAGCCUGUAAAAAUUUAGCUGCAGCAGCAGAAAAAAAUUGUUUGUUGGGGUGUCUCUCUAGCUGCAGCCACACAGAUAUGUUUAUGUUAAAUGAUUUGUAUGGUCUUAAAUCUAAUUAGUUCUGAAUUACUUCCUACAUGCAAUGCAAGUUCAGAAAUAUGUUAUAAGUA